CUGCAGCAGGAACAUGGCAUCUCCUUGCAGCGCUAAGGAGCAGCUCUCCAGCAUGGACUAACAGACGGCAGGCCUCCAGAGGGAGGAGUCUCCUUAGGCUCUCGAUAAUGGAAGUGAAGUGGAUCCAUGUGGCACUAAUCUUCUUUUUCCUGCUGUCUGUGGCCAUGAUGGGCUGCUUCCUGUGGCAGUACAGCCUCCCCAAGGAGGAGCCCGGCCCAUCUGCAAUGGAGGUGAGAUCAGAAGCAAUUCAGAUGUGUCCCCGCUAUCCAGAACCUGUACCACUGGACCACCCAAUCCCAGUCCUGAAGGAUGCGCUGGAGAAGGUGGACAUGCUUCUGCGCCAUAAAAUCCAUAGCCCAGGCCUCCCUGCCAUGUCUGCCAUUGUUAUCUACAAUGACACUGUGCUCUGGACAGGCAACUUUGGGAAGAAGAAUGGCUCUGACCCCUUCUCAGCAGUGCCCAAUGAGUACACCAUUUACAGGAUUGCCAGCAUCUCCAAGAUCUUCCCCACUAUCAUGCUCUACAAACUGUGGGAGGACGGGAAGGUGACAUCGCUGGAUGAUCCUUUGGAACGCUAUGCCCAGAGCUUCAUUAUUAAAAAUCCUCUGGGGCGACUCAAGGAAUCUGAACAAAGAUACACAGCGGAUGGGCUGAUCUUCCUGGAGAAGGGGUCGUUGCCACUCAAGCCAUCGCUUGUUACACUGCGCAGGAUGGCUAGCCAGCUCUCAGGGCUGCCCAGGAGGCUGCGGUCCACCAGUCUGCUGUGGAGAGGAAGCACACAAGAUGCCCUCGCUCUCCUGAAGGAUGACGUUCUGGUAGUUGACCCAGGAACCAGGUGCCAUUACAGUAAUUUGGCCUUCUCUCUGAUGGCCCACGUGUUGGCAGAUCAUGCCGCCGAAGGGGAGUACCAGCGGUGGGUCUCAGAGAAUAUCCUGGACCGCUUGGGCAUGGAGGACACUGGCUUUGAUAUCACACCACCAAUCCGUUCCCAAAUGGCGGUCGGGUUCUAUAGCAGUGGGCAGCCUGCCCCCCUUUAUGACUUGGGCUGGUACAGGCCAUCUGGCCAGAUGUACUCCACAGCCGCUGACCUUGCCAAGCUGGCAAUGGUUUUCCUAGGCACCUACCAUCGGCGCCUUUUGGAGCCUGACACAGUGAAGACGAUGCUGACACCUCUUUUUAAGUGCUCCAGUGAAUACUUUGCCAACAAGACCGGCACACCCUGGGAGAUCAAUGAGCAGCUGGGCUAUGAUAUUAUCAGGAAGGAUGGCGACCUCGAUGGCUACUCAGCCACCUUCUCCCUUGUCCCCAAGCUCCGCUUAAGCUUCAUAGUGCUAAUGGCAGGGCCUAGGCCCCAAGGAGGAGAUAUUGUGACUCAGACAUAUGAGUACCUUAUCCCUGCCAUGGAGACAGCGUUCCGGGAGGCAGAGAAGAGCCUGAGCCCUCCCCCAAAUCCCACCCCUUAUGUUGGCUAUUACACUUAUUCCAACCUGACCUUCUACGAGAUUAAAGUUGGGCCCACUGGGGUUCUGGUCAUGCAACAGUUUGGACCCCAUAUUGAAGAGCUGAUCCCUGAAAACUACCGGACAAUCAAGCUCCACCACCUGGAAGACCGAGUCUUCCAGGUGGUUUUUGACAAGGAGUUCCCAUGCAUUCUGCGGCUGGGCUCUGCCUCAGUCUCACUGGAGACCCAGGAUGGGCAGCUCUUUAAUUUCUAUCCUUUUGACCGCAAGGGUUUAUCUCCCGGCUUUGACGCCCCAGGACUGAACACAUACAAUGUGGUGCGCAUACAUCGCAAGCCCGUGUUCUACAGCUAACUGACCUUGCUCCUGCGUGACCAUGUGUGGAAGUUGGCUUCUGUUCUGUGUGUCCCUGACUCGCCUGCCCCCAAGGCUUUAGGGAUGUAGCUUAAACGGGAAUGAUGCUGGCAAACUGACUGUUCCAUCCAACAAAGUCUCUCUUCUGAAAUGACUGCAAUGGUUUGUGUCCCCUUGGCACCACAGGGCUGUGCUGGCAGCUGGGGAAGCCUGUAGAAACUACAUGCUGGAUAUGUUGGAUGUCUGGGAUAUGGACUCCACUGCAUACUUCCCAGCACUUAAAUCUUCCAGUGCUAAAGCUGCCCAUUUGGCCACCAUCACAAAGUGUGACUGGCUUCAAUGGACCAUGGAGACUCUCCUGUGCUUUUGAGCCAGAGUCUAGUCUGGGAUCCAAGGGUUUUUCAGGCAGCUAUCCUCUUCAGCAGCCCGGCUUCUAGGAUCAAACUGCCUUGCCCAUUCGGGUUUGCCAUAAUCUGACACCCUAGACCACUUUGUAACAUCUAAGAGAGAGUGGGGUCCAUCUCUUCCAUAUGGCUGAGUGCGGUACAGCAAUCCGUGUGAGUGGUAGGGAGCCGUGUAGUUUCACGAUGGGCUGUGGGGGUCCACAAAGGAAAUCGUAGUGUUUAGAUACAGAAGGUCAAAGAGGAUUAGAUUGGGUGGUCCUGAAGUACUAUAGUGAUGAGCUAUAUCAAUAGCUAGAUAAGCAGAUGUACUCUGAGUGCAUGUAGAUAUGGGAGUGUGUGCGCACACACGUAAAAAGUUGGUUUCAGGGUUGUGUCUCUAGGUAGAUGUCUGUGUGUGAGUAGGAAUGCAUGGAUGUCUGUGUGUUGUGGGCAUUGGUGUGUGUGCUGUAGCCGGCGUGCCUCCCUGUGGGGGGUUGUAGUUGUGAGUACUGUGUGGUUUUGUCCUGUGUUGUGGCUCAGAUGUGAGUGUAGAUCCCUGUGUGUGCAUUGUGAGCGGAGACUCAGCUAUGUCGAGACUGUGGCUCCAAUGGGCUCUAACCUUUCCCAGUUUCCCAUGUGUGGCAGAGAGAAGCUUCAGCACUGGCUGGCUGAAGAAUUAGCUAGAACACAGACUGAAGACGCAUGAUAGGGCACUACCCUGGAACUUGAUCCCUUUAAAUUAGGGCCACCUUCAAGUACCUUGUAAUGCCACUGAUGCAUUUGCCUUCUUCCUUGUACCCACCUGGCUGCCUAGGCAGGGAGGACAGAUGACACACAACAAGUUGCUAUGUUAAGGCAUUUGCUUUUAUCCUUCUCCUGGGGGCAGCUGGCAGUGGUGGGAAAACAUCAUAUCCGUGCAAGGGCAGCAGAGGCUGUAGAGACAUGACCAUCAGCAAAGGAAGGACUCCAGCUGACAGAGACCUUGGGCUGAGGGCAGCAUCACUGCUUACAGCCCUGCCUGGAGCCUGAGUUCAAACCCAUCAGAGGGCUGGAGCUAGAUAAAUGUUACCUCACUGCUGAGUGCUGGCUCAGAUUUGGCAUGGGCUAUAUAGUCCUGAAAUCCUGGGCUGUGGUGCUGGGCAAAGGCCUGGUAAGUAAAUCUUCUCACUUCAAUGACUUUUUCGGCAGUACUUGUUCUCUCAAACCCGCCCUGGUCUCUUGUGGCCCGUUAAUUUCCUCCACUUGGUCAUAAGUCCUUGUUGGCAGCCAGCAGUGACUGCAAGGUGUUCUUCUGCUGUUCAUUCUUGCAGGAUUUAGGAGAGCCUGGCUCAUCCUCAGGAGUUGCCAGAGCUGGAAGAUGUGCAUCUUGUCCUCUCUGCCUCUCUUCCUGUUCCCCUGUCUCUCUCCUUUCCAUCCUUCCCAUCUUCAAGUUCACUGGGAAAAGAGGAUAUGAACAGAGCCUAGAAAUCUGUGAUUUACCCCCUCUCCACCUCCUGUGUUCUCCUCCAAUUAAGCUCACCAUUAAACAUAGGAUAUGAUGUAAGCACUGCCCCGCUGCUCCAUCCAAGCCCUGGAGUCACAGCUGUUGCUGCAGUGCAGUUUUGGUCUCUGUGUUGUUCUCUGUAAGUGAUCACAGCUCACACCUUGUGCAUCUUCCGAUGUUCAGA